AUGCAUCUUUUUCGGAGGCUAGACGACGCCCUAACAACUCCCCGCCCUCAGUCUGACGUCUCCACUACACCCCCUGGCGAUACAUUCCAUCCUCCAUGUCACUGCAGCCCGACAGCCACCCCUUCGACGGAUCUCGACUCCCCGCUUUCUUCGGUUGCACAGCCCCCUGCCACACCUCCACUGUACCAUGUUCUUCUGUCAGGCGCAGCACCAAAGUCAAUGAGUUGCUUCGUCUCCAUGCUCCCGUUUUUCUGUAAACUCAUCUAUUCUGCAUUUGCAUUAUGGAUGCAAAUGCCUACAUUCUGGCCUUGCUCGUCUGCAUUAUUCAUGGGGAGCUCAAACAUGUGUGAGUUUGUAUCUGAUUAUGCAUUGGUGCUGCGUUCCUCUCUAGCUGACAGGGAUUUGGCUGUUCAAAGCAAUUCUGCUCAAAACGCUUUCCCACGUCGAGUUGGCAACAGCAAGAAAAUCAAGUGGAAAAACCAGUACCACUCUCUCUCUCUCACACACACACACACACAAAUUAGCAGUCUCUUUAAAGCUCACUCUAAUGCAGACAUGUUUAGCCCUGACCCAUGA